CUGUGGCACUGCUAACUAGAUAAAGCUUUGGAAACUUAAAAACGUCACUGCAUGCAAAAUAUGGCAGUAGCAGGGAGAACGGGAGAGGGACGUAACUCACUGCCAGGCACAGAGCUUUCUAACACAGAAAACAGGUAGAAGACACCGGCAAGAAGCUCAUGGUGGGCCCAUGGAGGAGAUUCACCAUCCACGCUGCACACUCGACAAAAAGAUGGACGUGACGGAUGACAACCACAUGGAGGGAAUGAAGAUGGAGAUAGAGAAUAAGCAAACUUUGGAUAAAGACUUUUCUCCCAAGCUAUCAGAUGAGACCUGCCAGCAUCUGACAUUCAGUGAAGGGCCUUCCAGUAGCUGCAGGAGGUUCAGACUGAGAUCCAGACCCAAACUCCAAUCCACAAAAAGUUUCCCCCCUUACAGUCAGCCUAUAGGUGGACUCGGAGAGGACCAGGACCAGGACAAUGAGCUCAAUUCAGAGUCAAGCAUUACUCACCAACACUCUCUCAGACAAGAUGAUAUGAUGUGGGAAGACGGGAGUGAGUUAGUUCAAGGAAAGGAAAAAAAAGAGGACUUUGAGUUGAAUGCAAGAUGUGCAAGGGAUGAUGUGAAGGCAAAAUGGAGGAUGAGGAGGAAAGAGAGGGUAUGGGGGAGCUAUGAAGUUGAUCCAGAUAGAUGGGAGAGUGUAAGGUGGAGCGGGAAAAGAACAGUGGAAGGGAUUGAAAAAGAGAGGGACCAUGCUGAUAAGGGAAGGGAAGGAUGUACUAACAGCGAGCGGAAACACUGUAGAGGUAUAAACUCCAGUACUGAGAUAGAGAGAAAAGAAGAGGAGGAUCAAGAGAGGAAGGAAACUCCUGUCUCAGAAACAGAGGGACAGAAUGAGGGGAAGGAUGAAGAGGCAGAUGUGCUGCUGGGAAUGAGAGGGGGCUCCACGACACCUCAGAGGGCCUCCCCACAUCCAAUCCUCUCCAAGCUUCUGCAGUCCUCGUCCUCCAACUCCUCCUGCUCCUCCAUCAGCCUCUCCUCAGCAGAGAGCGAUGAGGUCUUCAGCGAAGGAGAGGAUGCUAUCUCAAAAAGGCAGACAUUCAGGAAGUGCCGCUCCUGGAAAACAUAUCUGACCAUGAUGCACUGGUCGAUGCAGCGGCAGAGCUCCUGGGUCCAGCUGGCUGGACAUCAAGGUAACUUCCAGCUGAGUGAGGGAGGGGAGGUUUUGAAACUGUACAAUGAAACUGAGGCAAAGUGCCUGGACUGUCUGAUGAGAGACAUGCUGAGACCCUUUGUCCCACAGUACCACGGUUUGGUCACCAGGGGGGAGCACUGCUACAUCCGCCUGGAAGACCUGCUGAGUGGCCUGCGGAGACCAGUCAUCAUGGACUGCAAGAUGGGAGUACGGACGUACCAGGAGGAGGAAGUGACUAAAGCCCGGGCCAAGGCCACCCUGCGCAGUGACAUGUACCAGAAGAUGGUGAAAAUAGACCCGUCGGCGCUGUCAGCGGAGGAGCACGCUCAGAAAGGAGUGACCAAGUGGCGAUACCUUCAAUGGAGGGAUACGACCAGUUCUACGUCCACGCUGGGCUUCAGGAUAGAGGGCAUCAUGAUGGAGGACGGCAGCGUCCAUCGGGACUUUGGGAAAAUUCUGACUUUAGCUCAGGUCACGGAGGCAUUGCUGUUCUUCACCAGGAGUCAGCUGGACAUCCUGAAAGCAUACCACUCCAGACUCUUGGCCCUGAGUGAUGCACUGAAAAAUUCACUGUUUUUCAGAACCCAUGAGGUGAUCGGCAGCUCGCUUCUCUUUGUCCACGACCACCACAGAAGGGCCAGUGUGUGGAUGAUAGACUUUGGUAAGACGACCCAACUGCCUGACACGAGCGAGCUCCAGCAUAACGUCCCGUGGGCCGAAGGGAGCAGAGAAGAUGGCUACCUCAUCGGUCUGACCUCGCUCAUCACUUCUCUGAGCCAGGCCAUCAGUGUGGCCUCCUGGCAGCAGGAGGACAGCUGUGGAGGAGAAAAGAGUGUCAUAUGACAUUGAGACACCCCUUAAAACAACACUCAAAUUCAGGAUCAGGUGGACAAAAUGGUUUGCUGUUACACUUUAAACUGUUGCCUCUUUUCAUACUCUGGAAGUGACAGAAGAGGAGGAUUUAUUUAUGGGGAAUCUGUCUUCACGGGCUGAGGAGAGAAACGAGGGAAUACAAUUUAGCUAAAGUACACAGAAAUCUGAUGUCGUUUUACUGGUAAUGUAACAGUGGAGAGAGUGUUUUAUCACAAAGAUUUUAAGAUUUAAGAGACUUUCUCUGCUUUUCUAUUACAUUAUUUUAUUUUUUAUUUGUUGGGUUCAAAGUUCUCACAUGUUGCAACGCAUCUUAAACGUUCCAAGUAAAAUAAACAAUGAAUGCCUCUGUC